UACCUAGUACAAUGAUGGAGGAGGCGUGAACUGGACUGGUCAGUGUUUAGUUUCCACUGCGCUGCUGAGCUGUGCCGAACAAGACCAUCACCGCCUUUACAAGACUCCAACGACUUUUUUCUUCCUGAUCUUCACGCUUUUGGUUAAUAAAAAACGAUGCAACACGGACGUAUUAAAAACUCCAUAAGUGCUGUGCUGCUAGCAUGACGGGCCUGAUUGUUGAAAAAUGCUCCGCGUAUUUAGGAAAUAAGUCUGCUAAAUGCAAGAUCUGUCUUAUCUGCUGGAAAUUCGUCCUCCUCGCAUAAUAAUACAUCUCAUCUCGAUCUCCUCCCAGCACUGUUCGGUGUGUGCUUUGACGACAACAACUUAAAAAGGGUGAAGAUUUUACUCCUGUGUCACAACAUGUCCGAGCCAGCGAUGAUAAAUAGUGACCUGGGAGUUUCGUUGAGGUGUUCAGGGUAGUGGGACAAGUGCGUCAGGGGGACACUGGGUUCAAUGUCCCGUCCAGGGUAUCAGACACUUUCCCUUCACCCACAAUCAUGGAUAAACUCACCGUGAUUUCAGGAUGCCUCUUCCUCGCUGCAGACAUCUUCGCCAUCGCAAGCAUCGCCAAUCCAGACUGGAUCAACACAGGCAAAUCUGCGGGUUCACUGACCGUUGGAUUAUCCCGGCAGUGCCAGACUAUUCAUGGGCGGGACAGGAUCUGCAUCCCCCCUGAGCUGCCCCCAGAGUGGCUCACCACACUUUUCUUCAUCAUGAUGGGCAUCAUCUCCCUUACCCUAACCUGCACCCUCCUGGUCAUGUCCCACUGGCACCCCGAGGCCACGCGGUACGCCCGCUGGAUCGCUUUCACAGGAAUGGUGCUCUUCUGUAUGGCGGCACUCAUUUUCCCCAUUGGCUUCUACAUCAGUGAGGUCGGGGGUCAGCCGUACAAACUUCCCAACAACACUGGGGUGGGCUCCUCAUACGUCCUCUUCGUCCUGUCCAUAUUCUUCACCAUAGUUGGACUGCUGUUUGCUGGAAAGGUGUGCCUACCAGGAUGAUGUCAUACACCACUUUUUUGUUUGUUGUUUUUGUUUUUUGAGAGAAGGACCAGCCUAAAUGCAGGAUUACUCUUUUGUACUGCUGAUAUUGAAAUGGCUGCAUAACUGAGAAGCAGUUAAACUUACUGCUCAAAGCAAAAGCUCAUGUGAACGAGGCAUCCGUCCAAAUGGUUUGUAUCUGAGCAUAACAAGUGACUUACUUAAGAUGUGUCAUGGAACAAAAGAUUACUUUUUAAAUGACUCCCCUUUCUGUAUUUUUUAUAAAUAAGUCAACAGUGGUGACAAAACUCUCACAAUGAAAUUAUUCAAAAUGUAUACAGACAGAGCUCUGAAGUAUGUACAUAGGGGUUCUGAAGAGUGGCAGUAAUGGAACCUCAAAAGACAAAGAAGAGGAGCUAUAAUGAGCAAUGAUUCAUGAGGAUGAAUGAGAUUUAUAAGCCUUAUAUUCUUAAAAUGUUGUUUGUAAACUUGUAGAUAUACUGAUGCUAAAUAGCACAUUAAAAUCUAUGGUCUAAAACCAA